AUGGCUAUGGAGGCCAAUAGUCAGACGGUCCCGACAGGGGAUCUUGAGAAAAGACAAAACAUGACCGAUGUCGAAGCCACCCAAUACAUCAAAGGGUCCUACCAGUUGCCGAAGUCCUACCAUGUGUUGGGAGUCACCGUCUGGGCAUACAGCCAUCCUCGAGUCCAGGCAGUCAUGCUCGGCUGUGUCCUCUUCAUGACGGUUGGCAUGUACAAUGUCAUCACGUUCAUCGGUGGCGCUGGACAACAAACCGCGUGGCUCUCCGACAUCGCCAAUAUUGCCCUGUACGUCGUCUUCACGGUAUUCUGCCUCGUUGCCCCGGCAUGUUUGAACUUCUUCGGCCUUCGCGCCACUCUCUGCUUCGGCGGGUUUGGGUAUGCAGCAUAUGCGGCAAGUCUGUGGUGCUACAAUCAUACGGCCAACGUUCCUUUUGUGAUCUUCGGAGGCUGCUGGUGCGGCCUCUCUGCAGCGUUCCUGUGGACAGCCGAAGGUACCGCCAUCACGGCUUUCGCUUCUGAAGAGAAGAAAGGUCUCUACGUCUCCAUCUUCUGGUCCAUCUUCCAAUUUGGUGUGGUCAUUGGCGCCGCAAUCCCCGUGGGCCAGAACUGGAAUGCUGGCACCAACAACGGAAGCCGCGUUGGCGAUGGGACCUACAUUGGCUUGUUCAUCCUGAUGUUGUGCGGUGCUUUUCUCGGUCUUGCUAUGUAUCCCUGGCACAAAAUCAUCCGAGAAGAUGGCUCUCUGGUCACACUCGAACAUAAAAAGACCUUCAUGGAAGAACUGGUGUCGUCGUACCACGUUUGUCGCAGAAAUUGGUGGAUUGUCUUCUUCUGGCCUUACUGCUGGGCCAUCAAUUACUAUACCGUUUACCAGAACAACGACUUCAACGGCAUCGUCUUUACUGUGCGGGGCCGAGCCUUGAACACCUUCCUCUCGGGCGUCGUGCAGGUUGGAGCCGCUUGGGUUCUAAACCUGUUCACAGACCUGUUGCCAAUGAAACGGCGCAAGCGAGCCUUCUGGGCCCUGGUCUAUGUCUUUGUGAUGUUCAAUGCCGUUUGGAUUGGAGGCUAUUUCGCGAUGAGGGACACAAAACUUGGCCUUGAUGAGGCCGAGCGUAUGGACGUGUUCGACAGUGGCUAUGGCGCUUGGUGCUUCCUGUUUGUCAUGUACGGCUUCAUGGAUGCGACAUACAACUGUUACGCAUAUUGGUUCAUCGGCGCCUUAAGCAAUGAUCCUAGCGAACUCUCCGUCUACGCCGCCAUGUACCGGCUGCUCAAUGCCGCUUGCCAGGUAUGUGCAUACGGUCUUGAUCUCAACGGAUACUCGAAGGAAUUCAUGUUUGGAACAUCCUGGGCAUUUGUUGCCGCAGGGCCAAUUUGCGUCUUGCCUAUUCUCAAGUACUGGUUGAAGGACACCAACAUGAUUGAGGCCGUCGAGACCAUCGAUGGCUCAGAGGUCGUAGCAAUCGGUUCCUCGGCAACGGAUGAGAAGACUGCCAUCCCGACAGAGAAAGUAGCGGAGCUCUAA